AGGCGACAGUGUGAAGGUGAGCGACGAAGACCACGACUCAAACACUUAGUGAAGAACAACCUCAGCACUGCUAGCUUGUUUGUGUUUGUCGAACUGAAAGCACAGUCCACCAGGGCUAGGUAGAUAGAGCACAUGUACUAGCAUAGCAAGAAGCAGAACUCAGCCAUGGCGUCCUCUGCAGAAACCAGCGCGGGUCCGGGUGGCGGUUUUUCUACAACAUCUUCCUCGUCCUCAUCCAACCCCAACUCCUACAACGCCUAUUUUCGCUCGAGGAAGAAAUCUCUGCAGGAUUUUCUGGAAAAAAAAGUCCAGUUGAACAACACAGAUGAUGUCGUUGUUCUUGACCGCGUCAAGUACGCUCCAAACGCCGGCACGGUUUUGCGCCACAUGCCAUUAUUCGGGCCGGCGCAGGCCCUGUUUCUGACGCAGAGCGAGGACAACGAGAACUACUACGCCCGGGGUUUUGUGAAGGAAGUUCUGCGGAUGGCGAUGGCGUUUCCGCAUGCCAAAGGACAUCAGAGUAGACAGGCGUGUGGUUCAAGAACAUCCGAGGAACGAAUAAACGAGGAAAGCUCGUCGUCACCAGCUGAGGUGAACGAUGAAGAUGAAAGUGAGACUCCUACCACGUCCGACGAAGCCACGCACUUCUGCGUCAACGGCGAUCUGAAGCAAGUGCUGCACUUCUUGAAGCAGUCGGGGUUUUUUCUUCUUGCUAUCGAAAACAAAGAGGUGUUUGAGGAACUGAACGGGGAAACAGAUGGGGCGACGCUGAGCCGGCUGCGGGAAACGCACACUUCCUGUGCACCUAUAGAGGGUGAAGCUGAUGCAGUAGAUGUCGAAGCGACUACCACUACAGUGGGUGAAAGCGCAUGCUUGCCUUACACCUCGAUAUUUGAGCUUGACAGAAGUGCUGCUCUGGGAGCUGAAAAUCUGAAUCAAAAACGAAUCGCGUUCGUGUUCGGCGGCGAAUCCUGGGGGUUGUCGAAGGAGAUGCUCCGUCUCUGCGAUGCCGGCGCAUUCCUCCCGACAGUCGAGCAGAAACCAACGAAAACGCGCACGGAAAGUGACAAGAUUCGCCCGCGCGCGCAUACCUGCAAUUUGAGCGUUGCAGCGACGAUGGUGUUAGGCGAGAGGCAUCGACAGAAGAUAACUCAUCUCAGCGGAGGGAUAGUGCGAGAGCAGCAGCUGCUUCCUCAAAUACUAGCGACAGCAACUUCAACGAGCAGGUCCCCCUCGUCUUCAAAUUCCUCAAGCAGGACGAGUGGUAGCCGAGCUUGUUGCGCGGGAGCCCCGACGAGUCGUGCAAACCCAACCCCAAGUCUCUCCCCCUCGACAACCGCCUCUACAACUCCUGCAGUUUCGCCGAGUAAAGACCGGCCCAGCGACAAUUUCAUGAAUUCACCACCCUCUCCACAAGCAAAAAUGAGUAAAAGUGAGCCCACACCAAACAUUCACCCAGACGACUACCGCGUUCUGCUUUUCUACCUCUACACGCCACUUGUCGUAACCCAUCAAGAUCGUGGUGGCGCUACCGACGUUCGUAAACCUCUUGCUACCUCUCUUCAAGAUUUCUGCGACGCACGCAAUAUUUCCGGUCGUCUUCGCGUUGCGAAAGACGGCCUGAACGGCUGUUUGGGCGGGAAGGAAAGUGAUCUGCUGGAGUUUACAAGGCUUGAAAUGCCUGAAGAAGUUCUUGCUGAAAAAUGCGGUGUAAUCAUCAAAGACUUUUCCACAGUACAUUGGAAGUGGGGCGGCUGUGUGGACGACGGGUCCGACAAGACGAAACAGAUGAUGCAGGGCCGCACAGCGGUGCGUGUUUGUGAGGAGGUGGUUAGCCUGUUUGGAGACUGCUAUCGGAAUGCUAGUAAAAAUGUCGCAUCUGACUUAAGUUCCAGCUCCACGCCGUCGUGGGAAUCUCAUCUGCAAAUGUACCGGGAGCAGUUCAACAGCGAUACUUGCUUGCAAUCACUUUUUGCGCAUCAGAAAGCAGCCGACGAAAAUGCGAGUUGUGGAAGGGGUCUUGAAGGAGAUUUGUCCGGCUUACCGCCGUCCGUGCCGGUGCCUGCCCUCACUCCCGCCAUCUCCCUAACCCCCGAGGCGUGGAACGAACGAUUGGAAAAAGCAGAUCAGGCUGUUUUGCUGGACGUCCGCAACGUGUAUGAAACCGCCGUGGGGCACUUCGACUUCGAUUCGGAACAAGCCACAACGACCGAACGGAUCGACCCGAAAACCCGUCAAUUUACUGACUUCCCCCGCUUUCUGGCGCAGAACAGGAAAGAGCUCCAGGAGAAAUGCAAGGGAAAAGAGGUUUUCGCUUACUGCACGGGCGGGGUGCGGUGCGAACGCGCGACGCAAUUGCUGCGGCUGGUGCUGGAAGACAACGAGGACUGUAAAAGAAAACGUCGUCAGAGCGUCGGCGACGGAAACGAGCAGUUGGUGUUGGAAGACGAUGGUGCUACAACGUCGGAAGCUCCUCGUCCAGCACGGCAGCAGAAAAUCUUUCAGCUGCACGGCGGGAUUCACGCUUAUCUGCAGCAUUAUCCGGAUGGGGGGAAGUUUUUCAAAGGCAAGAAUUUCGUGUUUGAUAACCGAAUGGUGGAGGAGAACUUCGGCGAGGAAAUAGUUGGGAAGUGCGUCGUUUGCCAGAGUCCCUGGGACGACUACAGGUUGAACCACCGGUGUAGUCAGUGCCGAAUGCGCGUUUUGGUGUGCGACGGGUGCAGUAACGAGGCGGCUGAAACUGAUACCCAGAUGAAAGCGAAUCUAGGUAAAGACACGGACGCUACAGAAGGAAAGGAGACCACGUUGCUACGCGUUUUGUGUGAACUGUGCUGCAACGCUGACACAUGAUCGUCACGACCUCCACAUGAGCAACCGUAAACAGCCGAAUCCAGCAAACUCCAUCAAAAAGACGAAAAAAAAUUGCGCGUGCAACCGCGAGAGCGACGAAAUCUACAUGUGGCGAGGAGCUUUUUC